AGUCAGGGUGACACAGGAAGCCUCGGCGUUAUUAUUUCCCGAGUUCGCAGGAGAAAUUAAAACAUGGGCUCAAAUUUAACAUCUGAUCAGUCGAUAACAGCUGAUCAAACGAUAACAGCUGAUCAGUCGAUAACAGCUCAUCGGGAGAUAUCAGCUCAUCGGGAGAAGUGUUACGACCCUCGCGACUUGACACUUACUUUUGUUGAUAGAGAGGAUGAGUUGGACUUUUUGUGCGAAGGUUUCAGGUCUCGCAGAGCGUUGAUGUCCUGUGGACACGCUGUGACCCCGACGUCUCUGACCAACUGGUGUCGCAGGUUGUUGGAACAGGGUGAGAGCAGAUUUGUGUGUGGAGUGUACGGUUGUAGUGCUGAGUGGUCUUGCAUGGAGGUUCGUAAAAUGGCUCUUCUGACCAAGAAAGAAACUGCGUACUUUGAAGCAGCCAUGGCCUACAAUACCAAGAAUAACUUACAAACCAAAAUAUGUCCUGGAUGCAAAUCUAAUGUGGUCAGAGAGAACGAGUCUGAUCUGAGAGUCCGCUGCUCAGUGUGCACAGCUAACAGAAGAUGGCCUUAUGAAUUCUGCUGGCAGUGUUUGAGGGAAUGGAAGGGUCGGGCUCCACGGUCAGACCGCUGUGACAAUGACGGCUGCUGCGACCAGUCACUGAUAUUACUUCACACCUGUCCAGAUAUCACCUUUGAGAGUGUAGAGGUCACUGGCUGUCCCUCCGUCCGUGCCUGUCCCACCUGUGGCCAACUGUUGGAGCAUAACAAAAGAAAAUGCAAACAUAUCGUCUGUCCCCGGUGUAGAGUGGAGUUCUGUUUUGUGUGCCUGAAGCUGACAAAACAGUGUUUGAAAACAAGCAGGCAUUUCAUACAUUGCUCCAGUAGUGUUGCCCCUAGACAGACCUCUAUACCUGUGUGGAGGAGAAAAUAAUGUAAACAACACUAUGUGAGUGCUUCAGUUUGUUUUGAUGUGUUUUUUCUGCAGUAAUACAAGUGCAGCAUUGCUGUGUUUUUCAUGUCUCUUUAUCUGGUAAGUAUAAUAUUUUUGUUUUGUUUGUGAGAAAUGUCAUGGUCAUCAUAACUGAUGUUUGCCUGAAAUAUAAGGCUGAGAAUGAAUCUGAAGCAUUUAUCAAUUCAUAAAUUUGAAAUUAGGUGGCUAUAUGUCCUUCCAUACCAAUCAUAUCAUUUAAUUGUGUAGUGCUUCUUUAAGACAAACACAUUGCUAUUUAUCCCCUGUUGUCUUUAUGGCACAGCAGGUAAUGUUUUCCUAAUAAAACUUUGCUGUUUGUUCUCACCAGCAGUCUGUUAUUCACAUGACUUCUUGUAACUGCUGGGAAACUGAAAGUAACAAAAGCAAAUCUUGGUGCAGUCAGUGAAGGUGACACAGCAGCCAGUGAUGGAAAUAUGUGUUCAGCCUCGAAUGAGCAGUUUCAGCAUCAUGUUUUAAGACCUUUUCCUUGUAUUUCUUUGCAAUUUGCAAUUGCAAAACUUAUAGACCUGUUUGAUCAUGUAUAUUAACAGCAUUAAAAUAUCUGUUGUGUUUUCUCAUACACUGUUUUAAAAUUGUCAUUUUAAAUGGUUUCUUCCUUAAUCUCUGUUCAGUGAUAGUUAAGUGAAUCCAUUAAUAAAGUUCCUCAUUACAUGAAUACAGAAA